ACCAAGAAGUCUUAGCAAUAACAUGUAGCAGUAUAGUUUUGCACAGUUGAAGGUUGACAUUUUGUGCUGACAAACAGAUAACAAUAAUAAAGAAAACCAAGAAAAGGGCAUUCUUAAUGUUUCCUCAGGGUCGGAGAAUCUAAGCUAAAUCCUAAUCAGGUAAUGAAAAAACACACACAACACACACUCAGCUAUGAACUUUUGACAGUUCUUCUGGAGAAUAUCUCCUUCUCUGUCCCUCUCCUUUUUCUUCUUCAUAGAUCUUUUGUUCUCUCUCUCUCAGUCUCAGCCUACCCCACUUCAGUUCUGAUAAUCUUCACCACUUUGAGAGAUUGCAGAGUGGCUGUGUUGUAAUCUUCAGGUUUUGUCUACUCCUGCUGAUUUCUAUAUGUUUCUUUUUUUUUUUUCCUUUUAAAUGCUAAAAAGAAGGGGUUUUUUUGUUAUUAAUGAUGAUUGAUAUUUGUAUGUUUGAUUUAUUUAGCCUAUUUUAUGCUUUCUCUGCGGGUAAUGAAAUUUAUUGAGGGGUUUGUGGACCUCUGUGGAAUUUUAUGCUAUGGGCACAGCUAAGAUUCUGCUCUCUUUAACUUUUUCUUGGUGGGCUCAAUUUUCUUGAAUGAAUCAUUUUAGUGGAAAACAUUCAUGUUUUGAUUGGGAAGUUUCUUGAUUGUUGGGGUUUUGGUGUAAAAUUUAGGCACUUUUCAAAUGAUUUUGUGAAAAUUCUGCAUAAUCUAGCAAGAACAUUUGUUGUGCAAUUGUGGGAGCAACUACUUAUGAUUUAGAACUGGUGGGAGGGUUAUCUUGGUUUCUUGAGGGAUGAAAGAAUAUAUGGAUGAUGGAGAGGUUGAGCUUUCAGACCGUUUACUUCUUCCGAAUUCGGAUUCUUCCAGUAAUAUCCAAGCAUCACUCUCAGCAGAUUCAUUUCUUGAUGAUUUGUUGAGAAAUGCACAAACAUGUACUCACACUCACACUUGCAACCCCCCGGGUCCGGAUACUGCCCACACCCACACAUGCUACCACACUCACACACACGUUAUCCCGUCUGAGGAGGACAACGACCCGUGUGAUGAGAAAAGCCCGGUUUCAAAACGUCAGAGGCCUUUGGGGAAUAGGGAAGCUGUUAGGAAGUAUAGGGAGAAGAAGAAGGCCCACGCGGCUUAUUUAGAGGAGGAAGUCAAGAAACUGAGAUUGUUGAACCAGCAGUUGAUGAAAAAACUGCAGAGGCAGGCUAUUCUUGAAGCCGAAAUCGUGAGGCUCAGAACCCUUCUGCUUGACCUUAGUGGAAAGAUCAACAAUGAACUGGGAGAUUUCCCAUUUCAAAAACGGAGUAGUGCUAUCACUACUUUCAAGGAAGGAGAAUAUGGGAUUCAACCAACCGGCAUGAACGACUUAGCCUGUGGCUUGGCAGGUUCAUCCUUUCCGUCCAAUGGUGUUGACGGAUGUGGGAAAACAAUGGCUGCUUGGGAAACCAAUUGCCAGCCCGCUAUUGUUGAUUGUCAAGCUAGCAGGAACUACAUUGAAAGUGCAGAGAAACGGUUGCAGGAUUCGCUGGAGACCUUGGUUUCAUCUGCGCCCCAAGAGGAGUAACCAAAGGCAAGUUGCACUAUGAUCAUAAUGCUUAAAGAUCUUGUAUGCUAGAACGGUACAUAGUUUACGCUUGAUAUGCAUUGUGCUACAGAAGAAGAGUUUGUCUAUAGAUAUAUACAUGUCUACCUUACAUAUAAAAAACCUCUGUACUACCAAGAAACAAGUAUGACAAAGUUGGAUAAAAACAAAUAUACGUGGUUCGUCCUAAUCA